CAUACCUAUGAAACGCGAAAAUUAGAUUGAACCAUGGUGUUUAUUUAUUUACCUUACAGCGGGAAUGUCUCACUGCAUAGCACUCAUUACCGCUUAAAAAUGAUAAAGACCUGAAUAAUUAAUAGUGUCGAGUAAUGUAAUGAUAAACAAGAAAUACGAAAUUAUUCAUGUGUUUGUGCAACAUCGGAAAACACGAUCGUCGGCGGUGACGUUUAUUCGAAACAUUUAAAACAAUAUGAAGUAGUGGUGUUUCAGUGAAAAUGAAGUCUUUCUUUGCUUUAAUUUUCCGAAAAUAAGAAAGUAAGAAGCUGCAACCGCAGUUGAUGUUGACUGACGACAGUGGUUAAUAAUGGCCAAAGAGAUGAAUGAAUAUUCACAAACUACAAACGUGAGCAGCCCUUCAGAACACAGUGGAUGUGCAAAAGUUACUGGGUGUUAUUCGGAAGAGUUUUCAAUAACUUCACCUGAUAAUGGCAGAAGAAACCCAUUCCAUAUCAAUUAUUUGGACAAAUUGAGGUACCCAGUUUGCAGUCCUUCUCUUUUCAAAAGCAUUGAAAAAGCAAUAUCCAUUCCCUGUCAAGAAACGGAAAUAUUAACAUCUUGUGACAUCAAUGAAAGUGAUAUAUUUCAUGAUGAAACAUUGGACUCUGAAACAGAAAAAGCAGCACAAGAAACUAUUUCAAAAUUCUUUGACGAUGCCUCUAAAGAUCUAUUUGUUACACCUGACAAAGUGACAAAUUCGUUUCUAAUAGCUACAGGAGAGAUGAGGGCUGAUGAGGACAUUUCUUUAAGUUAUAUCUGUGACCCAUCAACUCUUCAACAUGACAUUCAUCUUAGCACUACUUGGACACAAACAAACAUUACAUUCCCAUCAAGUCUGCCUGAAGGAGUCGAAGAAGCUUUAACUUUACACAAACAACAAGUUGAAACUGAGCUGAAAUUAGCUAAAUGCAGAGUGUGUGAUACUGUGUGCGGAAAGCAUUCACAAGGUACCCAGACUGAUGACUGGGAAAUGAAUGCUGAAAGUUUCAGAAAAGUUACAAGGUGCUCCCAGACAAUAUUGAGCUUCCCAAAAACAUUAACAGAAGAAUUAGAAGCUCUGUUGUCUUCAUAUGAAACAUUCUUUGAGGAAGUCUACACUGAUAUACGGAUGUCAAUGCUGAAACGUCAAUUGUUCAGUGAACAUUAUGUUUCAUCUCCACAGUUCCAUAGCAGCAGCCCACUUUCUGUGUUAGAUGAUGGUAGUCCUUUGCAGAGUGAGUCAUCAGUUACACCUCAGUGUGCUUCUGUGAGCUUAAGGCAUUAUGGAUCCCCAAUGAUGCCCCGUGACAUUUUAUCGCCCACUGGUAUAUCCCCCAUUGUGAAACCUUCAAAUACAAAUAGAUUUCUAUCGAAACUUGACUUCGUGUCCUCUAAUUUUGAAACACCACAUUCCAUGUCUCCUUCAGCAUUCUUGCGAGUGAGAGGUGCUAUUUUUCCAUCUCUAGAAGAUGUCAGCUGUCAAAGGAACUAAAUAAACUACUUAUGAUAUAUGUGUUGCCUAAAUUGUUGGUCGAACAGUUUUUUCUUCAUUUAUUAUAGUAGGCCUAUAUGUUUUAAUCAUUUUAUAUGAUUUUGAAGUAUUAAUGGUGAUACUUACUAUUUUAAAGUGUGCACUAUGUCUCCAAUGGAAAUCUGUUGUAUUAUUUAGUAAUUUGGGAGAAAGUAUAAAUUUAAAACAGGUGGCCUAGUUUUCUUUUAUAAAGCAAUUUAUAAAAGCUUAGCAUUCCUGUGACUAAAAUCAUAAUGUUAAGAAAUUUUAGAUUUACAUUUGACUUCAACUUCAGUGGAAGUU